UUAUCAAAUAAUAUAUAUAAUCGUAUAUUAUUGUUUACGCUCGAAGUAUUUUUUUGGUGCUUGCUGUAUAAUAAGCCACGAGAUAUAGAUUUUUUGGAAUUUAAUGUUCGAGUGAAUUUCUACCGGAAUACUCGCGAAACAUGACGAGUGCCGUAAUAACGGACGUACAGCAACCGAGUUAUCCUAAGUAUGGAAAGCAACAACAGGGAGGACUGGAGUUGAUGCCAGAAGAGAUAAAUGCUUUACGUCAAUGUAUGAAAAACACGAGUAUCCUCGCGCCAACGAUCAUCUCUGCAGCCAUAGGAUAUGGGAUAUGUAAGAUGACUCCAUUUCGCGCAAAUGCCAAAUACGUUGCGGUAGCUAGUGGCGUGGUAGGUCUGGUGACAGCUAGAAUAGGCGCUGCCAAAAUGUGUCUAGCGAAAGUCGCUUCCAUGCCGAACAGUACUCUCCGAGACAGAAUUAUGGAUUCGCAGGGCUAUUUUGGAAACAUUUCUCCUCAUGGAGAGAAAUUAUAUUAUAAAGGUCCUCAACCAGAUGGUCAGAGCCCGACAGAACCAGGAAUAGUGUUCGACGAUUAUCCACCAAUGAAUUCAUACGAUACGUUUUCUAGUAUCAAUCCAGACAACAGCGAUUUCUCCGAGGACACGGAUUUGUCCGAACCGGUAAAUCUGCAAAAAGGCGUCAGUUAUGAAGAAUUGAGGCAUAAUAAUAGAGAUGAGUUCUACAACAAAAAUAAACAGUGGUAUACUCCUAAAACUAGAGAGCUUCCAGUAAAGAGAGAGACAAGCGAACAAGUUCCUACAACCAGCAGUCAGUCACCAAUGCAGGAGAAAACUAAAUACGGUGACGUGUGGGGUUAAAAUUGAAUUUUGUCAGCGUAUAUAUAUUUGUUAAUCUCCGCGUAUUGCGGAUACUAUAUGUGUACAUAUGAAUACGUAGAUGGCAAAUGUGAUAAGAAAGUUUGAAUUUUAC